AUAAAUGAGCAUCCCUUAUCACCUUACCCCCCCAACCUUCUCUCAAUACAAAACAGAAAGCUACAGUCUCAUAAUAACUAGAUGUUCAUCAUGUAAAUAUACAUUUCUCAGUAGAGGAAGCUUGUGAGGCUUUCACUAAAGCCCAACACCCUAUCACUACUUUUCCGGCUUUUCAUAUGUAUAUAUGUCUGUCUGUAUAUCUGUAUGUACAUAUAUGUGUAUAUACAUAUAUGUGUAUGUAUGUGUAUAUACAUACACAUAUAUGUGUAUAUACAUAUAUGUGUAUGUAUGUGUAUAUACAUACACAGAUAUACAUGUAGCGCCAUUAUAAUGACUUGAUUAAAAUGACUGAUUUCUCUGGGUUUGAAAAUUGUGGGAAACAUUUGGGAUAAUGUGAGUACACAACUCAACUAAAUAUAUAACUAUGUCUAGUUGUUUUUAGACGUUUUAAUGCAGAAAUGUUGUUAUACCUUUAACACAUACCCAGGGAUUAUAGCUAAAUUAAUAAUAUUCUGACUGAAAUGUUUUUUCAGGGCGAAUCACAUUCCCUAUUUACAAUUUAUAUUUGUAAAACAAUUUCGAGGACCAGUCUGCUUACUGAACCCAGAACAUGCACAGAACUCAACAUGAAAACCAAAGCAGCUGGAUGUGAGGAAUGAUGUUUAUUCCUACAGCUUUUAGAAAGUGUUCUACAGAAAAGCAUCUUUAAAAAAGUAUUUUAAUAAGAUUUCCAACUUCAUCGUCUCAGUUUCAACAACUUGUUAGAUGAUGUUGUAUUCUGCAUUAAUUAUUGUUGGUUUUAUCUUGUUAUAGAAGCUAAGACUGAAUAAGGACUUCACGUUACUACUUUAAGGAAGUAUCUGCUCUGGCGACUGCACCAAUUAAAACUACAGAAAGGUUGGAUGCUUUCGUGCAUGUGUGGUUAAUGUGGGCGACAUUGCUAUAUGCACAUAUCCGUCUGUCAUCUGAGUUUCUCACAAACCACGUUCAUACAAAUUUUAAAUCCCAACAGUGAUUGUCUGCACCACAAUCUGAUGGUCUAAUAACGUGUAACAAAGUGCUCGACAUGUCAGGUGAAGCUGCAUGACAGCAAGGUGUGAAAACCAGAAAAGCUUUUCCUUUCUUACAUUUCUUCUCACGCUUCUCUGCUGCUACAGCUAGCCGCACCUUCACACCUUCAGCACACACGGGGUGCUUGUCUCAGAGGCAACAUGGAGAGGGAGGGGAUGCUGGUUCGGUCUAUGUACUACGGGAGAAUAGGAUACGAGGCCACGGAGAGGCUGCUGGAGAGGUUUGGACAUGAUGGCAGCUUUCUGCUGAGAGACAGCGAGACGGUGCAGGGGGCCUACUGUCUGUGUGUGAGAAAAGCCCCUUUGGUGCACACCUACAGGCUUGUAUGCUCCAGUGACGGCUGGUGUCUUCAGGAUUCAGGAGUCAGACUGCAGAGAUUUAGGACUCUGGAAACACUGAUAGAGAGCUACAGAACGGGUGCAGCCUCUGACAUCAGUAUUGCCCCCCUCACAGAACCACUGGACAAAACACAGCUACAAUACAUCAGCUUUGGACAGGAGUGUCUGUACAUGGAAACGUGUAGCAGCAGCAGCAGCAGCUCGGUCCUUUGAAGUCGUGCCUUUAGCCUGACAGACCGACGCCAUUAAUCCGGGGGACAAACAUGAUGGCACAAACCUGCCGCAGGUGGCAUCAAGGAGCUGUGUACUGGCUGCCACAUUGUUUCAGAUUUUUUUAUUUCGUUUUUGUGUAAAAUAAACUUCACAUUGUGUAUAUUACUUAUAUAUUAUGAAAAAGAAGCUACUAUAAACCUUGUCAGUUUCAAAUACAAGUACUCAAGAGGCCUCCAAAGUCAUUGACAUGUUUUUGAAUUGGUGUCCGAGUGAGUGUGGGAACAUCGUUUUUUGUAAAAGAUGCCAAUACUGUUUAUCGCACACGAUCUCUGUUGCUGUGUUUUCAUUUUGCCAGACAUGUGUUCCACAGUAAUGGCCUCAGUGAUAAGUCUCUGUUCAUCUGUGUGUAUUAUGAGUCUUGUGUUAUAAAAGGAAGAUAUUGUAGUCGUGGUC